GCCAUGGACAAUGGUCAGUUUACAGUUGACCACAGUCCUCACUGAACAGCGGGUCAAGCUCAACUAAACAGCAUGAUAGCUCUCUCCGGUAUCAUCGUGGGUCUUGCGAUUGUCCAUUCGAGUAUGGCCGCCAUAUCGUUUACUAUCGCCCCCUACAACACAACGGCGGGGAUAGGGCAGACAGCCACCCUCGCAUGCAUUGUGGCUGGGAAAACCUCCGAGUCCGUAAAAUGGAAAAAGAGUGACAACACCCCGCUAACUGUAGACACUACCGUGGUGGGGUCCAGUCGAUACCAAGUUGUGGGGGCGUAUAACCUCACCAUCUCGGGAGUCACCACAGCGGAUGAGGGGGGCUACGUCUGUGACGCAGGGACGUUGACGAAGACGGCAUACCUCAGCGUUGUCGAUCUACCAACUAAUGUGAGCUUGUACUGGAGCAGCCCUCCCAUCCCUGGGCUGCUGGCUAACCUGACAUGUAAGGCGGCGCACGCCAACCCUGCGCCUAACUUCGCCUGGUAUAAGGACGACCUCCUGUACGGCGCCACGCCCGUGUACUACACAUCGGGAACAUCAGGGUACGUGGAUGCCUACAGCGUGUUGCCAGUGCGCUUGACCAACGAUGACCAGUCGUCCAGAUUCCGAUGUCAGCUGGAGUACACUGGACUGUCCAGAGCCAUGGAGGCCGAUCUCGUCGUGGUGCUUAGCAGCGGAGGACCCGUUCAAACCAGGAACAUUCUUGUCAUCGUGUUUGGAGCGUUUCUUUCAGUUCUCCUAUGGUAGUAACUGGGUGCUACGCGCAUGAGCGGUGAAACCAACAAGCAGACGACAUCCGUGAGGUUUCCAUGGCAACACGAGAUCGGAAUGAAAUGUCGUUCGGUAUAGAUAUGGAGAGGUGUGAUAACUGAGUCGAAAUAGGUUUAUUUAAAGUUUUCAAAAAGUCAUUUAUCUGAAGGCUAGAGCAAUUGUCACAGGCAUCUUCACAAAGUAUUCUCCUGCUGUGACGUCUAUAAUAGCAGAGACCAUAUAAUAGAUUAUAUGGUCUCUGAUAAUAGGCAGUACACUUGUACAAGCUCGUUUGACGUAUGUCUCAAAACGACUACAUGUUUGACCGCUACCUAGUGUUUAUCAGAUGGGGUCCACAGUCAAGACUUGACCCCAUACAAAUGUUGGAGGGUCAUCAACUAUUGGACUCCAUCGGCUUUGAUUGCCCCCGUCAAGCAGAGACAUUGUUUCAUUUUAACACAGGCCACUAAAUACAACGUCUCGACUUGACACACAUCCUCGAUUAUCAAGUGUAUCAUACAUCGUCAUCCUAUUACAACAUGAAUGCAUUUGCGACCAUACCUUCGUUUCGGAAGUGACGUAAAAAACCCAUCCUCUUAUCACUAUUAACUUAGAACUGAGCUUGAAAUCAACAACCAAUCAAAAUGCCUAUUUUUAAAUCUCUUUUAAAGUUCGGCAUAGAUACAAAUUCAAAAUUACGACCUACCCUAAACCAGCCCGCCAUAUUUAAUCGAAUCAGAACAUAGUUAGAAUGGACUAGAGUGAAAGUCGAGCCGAGCUGUGAUGAAGCUGAGUUUCAUUUCAACCAGUUUCAAAACGAAGUUAUGGUGGCGAAUGAGUCCAGGGUAAUCAUCAUAUCAGAAUGGGUAUAAUACACUGGGUAAUCGAGUAUGCCUUGAACAUGGCCACGAGACACUCCCUUUAUGACGCCAACUUUUAUGACAAUUUCGCCGGCGCGUGUUGCUUCCUAUGACCGGAUGCGCCUGAUCCGAGGCAGAAGUCUGUGGUAUGAUUAUAGCUGCGAUUUCACAUCUUAUUGUUUCAGGAUAGAUAUUAAUAUCUCAGUUACAUCAACCCAAUAAUCCUUACAAGAAUCAGGCCACCGUUUUGUAAAAUGAUUCAUUCAGAUAAGACAUCACCUUAACGUGCCUUGGGAAGUACAUGAAUAAACAUAAUGGUCU